AUGCAGAGCAGCCCGGCAAAACCCACCGAGGGCCAUGGUGUUCAGACGCCGUUGCCCACCCUAACGGGGUGGGAAGAUGAUAUUUCCCUCCAGCGUAGCCCUGCCGCUGCUGAUGGGGUGCGUGAUUCGAAGGUUGGAUCAGACUGGCCGGAAUACAUCGACGAUGGCUCCGAGUCGACCAGCAAGACCAAGGAAAAGGAAGAGACCGCCAACGGAAGCCAAACAGAAAGUCAGCUCCCUGCCCUCAUGGCAUUCUGCCAUGACGAGAAUACCCUCCGUGGUGCGGGCUGCAAGCUGCAGUCCGAUAGGGGCCAUGCUGCCCUAGACCUGAGAGCCGAUGGCUCUCAGUACAAAAUCCGACCAGGCGUUCGACGUCAGGAAUUUGAGGCCACACCUACUCCAUCUUCUUCUCAGCUCCCGGACAACUCGAGUGCGGGAAUCCCUAUCAUGCCCAGUCCUGGCGUAAGAUUAGGAAUUGUCCUUGAAUGUGAAAUGGUGGUCUGUGGAGACCCACUGAGGUUGGCUACCUCAGCGCCAUAG